AUGGAGAAUACAAAUGACACCGCAGAUACAAACUUCAUUCUUCUAGGGCUCUUUAACCACACACAACUGCACCUAUUCCUCUUUGCCAUGGUGCUCAUGAUCUUCAUCAUCUCACUGAUGGCCAAUUCCAUUAUGAUCAUUCUCAUCCACAUUGAGCCACGACUCCACACACCCAUGUACUUCCUGCUUAGCCAGCUUUCCCUCAUGGACAUGAUGCUGGUCACCACCAUUGUUCCCAAAAUGGCAACCAGCUAUCUAGUGGACUCUAGAUCUAUCUCUCGCACAGGCUGUGGAGCACAAAUCUUCCUAUUUCUUACUCUGGGAGGGGGUGAAUGCUUCCUCUUAGCGGCUAUGUCCUAUGACCGUUAUGUGGCCAUAUGUCACCCAUUGCGCUACGCCAUACUCAUGAAUCGGAGGCUCUACUUGCUCAUGACAGCAGGUUCCUGGCUCCUGGGAGGGGUUGAUGGGUUAAUGCAGGCAAGUGCCACUUUGAGCUUCCCUUACUGCCACUCACGGGAAAUCAAUCACUUCUUUUGUGAGGCACCAUCACUAGUGCGCCUUGCCUGUGCUGACACCAAAAUGUUUGAGUUUUUCAUGUAUGCCUGUUGCAUUCUCAUGCUUUUAAUUCCUUUGGCCCUCAUUUUGGCCUCCUACAGCCUAAUCUUGGUUGCAGUGCUCCACAUGCAGUCAACUGCUGCCCGGAAGAAAGCCUUUACAACCUGUUCCUCUCACCUGGCUGUUGUGGGAGUUUUCUUUAGUACUAUCAUGUUCAUCUACAUGAGGCCUAAAUCUUACCAUUCAGUGAACCGUGAUAAGGUAGUCUCAGCUUUUUACACCAUCUUCACACCUGUCUUGAACCCCCUUAUAUACACUGUGAGGAAUAAAGAAGUCAAGGGGUCCUUGGUGAGGUGGAUGAAAAAGCAUUUUAUGUGGUAUCAACACUGA